AUGCCGCUCAUCUUCGAUUCGCUCAACCUUAUGUUCCUCGGGGCCGUCGCCGUCUUCGCCGGCGGCAUCGUCAAGGCCAACCCGGACCUGACCAAGCCCCACCCGGACUCGGCGUACGGCAAGUGGCAGGCGAAGAAGCGGGAGAAGGCUGCCAUCGCGGCUGCCGAGGCGGACAAGGCGAAGAAGGGCAAGGGCAAGAAGUAA